AUGCUCGGACGCGACCAAAUCAUAAACACGGCCACCAGUCCGUCAUCCUCAGCAGCAGUGGCGCCGUCCGAUUGCGACUUCGAAGUGCGUUUCUCGAUAAGGAAGAAGGACACAGACGGGCAAGUAGCUUUCAAAUUAGACGGCGGACGUUUCAAGAAAACCGAACUUCAGGAGCCGUGUCCUGACAUAUAUUUGCGGACAUACAAGUUUAUAUGUGAUGCUGUUUAUAAAAUCACCAUUACAUCUCGGCCUAACGUUGUCUUUAACUUUGUUUUGACAUUCUUUUUCAGCGAACUCAACAUAUCAGGAAACAGCAUGGAGCUACAUUUGGAUAAUGGCGUGUACAGCACUGAAUGGGAUACCACUGUUUUUCCGGUCACUGCAAAGGGCAGCCGUGAAUAUCUCAGUCUUUGCUUGCAGGUAAGCUUUAACUUCGCUCCCUUGUUUUAUCGUUCUUGUGCGUUUUUGUUUCAAUAG